AUGACAAACCAAAUUGAGAAUGAAGAAAAGAAGAAAGCAUUAAAAAAACAAAUAACCAGAGAUGCAGAUAAUGUUAUUGACUAUAUAAACGGAGAAAAGAGCCAACUAGUAACUUACGAUGAUCCAGAAGAAGAAACACCAAGCCUUGAAAUUUACUACCGUAAUGGAAUCGACAUCGAAAAAGAACAUCUAAUCUUUGGAUGA